CAGUAAGAUAGCGUCCUUUAUGAGAUGGCACCAUGACAAAAGAGUAGAUGAUGGAGUAAUGAGGCAUCCAGCUGAUUCUUUACAGUGGAAAUCUUUUGAUGAAAUGCAUGAAAAUUUUGCUUCAGAGCCUCGUAAUGUGAGACUUGGUCUUGCAAGUGAUGGGUUCCAACCAUUUGCACAUUCCAAAACUUCAUAUAGUAUUUGGCCAGUAUUUCUUAUUCCAUACAAUUUACCUCCUUGGAUGUGCAUGAAAGACUCUAAUUUCAUUCUGUCAAUGAUCAUACCGGGUCCUAAGGGACCAGGGGAUGCUAUUGAUGUUUAUCUCCAACCUUUAAUAGAAGAAUUACAAGAGCUGUGGGAAGUAGGAGUUGAAACAUUUGAUGCAUCAGUUCACCAGAAUUUCAAGAUGCAUGCAGCUUUACUAUGGACCAUUAAUGAUUUUCUUGCGUAUGGAAACUUGUCAGGUUGGAGCACUAAGGGUAAAUUAGCUUGUCCUUGUUGUAACAAAGAUGCCUUUUCUAUGAGGUUAAACAAUAGCAGAAAGCAAUGUUUCAUGCGCCAUCGUCGUUAUCUUCCAAUAAAUCACAAAUGGCGCAUUGACAAGAAAUCAUUUGAUGGCAUGACAGAGUAUGGAUUACCACCAAAACAUCUUACUGGUCAGGACAUUCUAGAUCAGGUGAAAGAUCUUGAAGGGAUCAUUUUAUCUAAAGAUGCUAGUAAAAAGACCAAAGUCUCACAUGAUAAUAGAAGGGAUAAUUGGAAUAAGAAAAGCAUUUUUUUCAAACUUCCAUACUGGAGUAGUCUUUUGUUGCAGCAUAAUUUGGAUGUGAUGCAUAUCGAGAAGAACAUAUGUGAUAAUGUGCUUGGAACAAUUAUGAACAUUAAAGGGAAGACCAAAGAUACUGUUAAGUCUCGUCUUGAUUUGGAAGCAAUGAAUAUUAGACCAGAGUUGCACCCAAUACAAAAAGGAGAUAAGUUUGUGUUGCCAGCUGCUACUUACACAUUAACUCAUGAAGAAAAGCAUACAUUUUGUAUGUUUUUAAAGCAAUUAAAAGUGCCAGAUGGGUUUUCAUCUAACAUUUCACAUUGUGUUAGUAUUAAAGAACAUAAGAUUUCAGGUUUGAAGAGUCAUGAUUGUCAUGUUCUCCUACAACACUUACUUCCUCUUGCAUUACGUGGUCUUCUUCCCAAAUCAGUAUGUGAACCAUUAUUUGAAUUGUCUUUGUUUUUCAAAAUUUUGGGUGCAAAGACUUUACGGGUGGAGGAGUUGGAGCAAAUUGAAUCUCAAAUUGCCACAACUCUUUGUAAAUUGGAAAAGAACUUUCCCCCUUCAUUUUUUGAUGUGAUGGUCCAUUUGCCUAUUCAUUUAGCCCUUGAAGCCAAAAUUGCUUGACCUAUCCAAUAUCGAUGGAUGUACCCUAUUAAGCGAGAGUUAUAUGAGUUAAAACAACUCAUUCGUAACUUAGCUUGUCCCGAGGGCUCAAUUGCAGAGGGUUACAUUGCAAAAGAAUGUAUGACACUUUGCUCAAGAUACUUCACUAACAUUGAGACAAAGUUCAAUCGCCUUAAUCGAAAUCAUGAUGCUGGAAGUCAAGAACACAAAAGUGAUUUAUUAAUAUUUUCACAACUUGGACGUGCAUUGGGAUCUGGCAUGACUCGGGAUCUUCACAUGGAUGAGUGGGAACAAGCUCAUCUUUUUGUUCUAAAGAAUUGUGAUGCAGUUCAACCUUUUUUAGAGGAAUAUUUGCAACUCCAAGCUAGAGCAGCAUUACAAAUGUCCAAUAAGGAAAGUGAUAGAAGGUUUAUUAAUUGGUUUAAAAUUAGAGUUGUAGCGCUACAUAAACAUGACAAUCGUAAAAUUACAGAGGAAUUGCUCUCUUUGUCACGUGGUCCCUCCCAAUCAGUUUGUUGCUUCAAUGGUUAUGUUGUGAAUGGGUAUAAGUUUCGUGUAGAAUGUCAUGACAAAGGAUUUAGAACACAAAAUUGUGGGGUGGUUGUGAGUGGUGACAUUGGGUCUGAAAUGGGAAAUAUAGAUUACUAUGGAAUCUUAACUGAGAUUAUUGAGUUGCAGUAUCUUGGUGGUAGAAGGGUGGUAUUGUUUCGUUGUAAAUGGUUUGAUGUGCAUGAUAAGGAAAAGGGGGCCAAAGUAGAUGAGUAUGGUUUCACCACUAUAAAUAGUGAUCGCUUGUUAAAGACAAAUGAGCCAUUUGUCUUGGCAUACCAAGCAUUCCAAGUGUUUUAUGCCAUUGACACUAUCAACAAAGGUUGGCAGGUUGUUGUGAAAACACAACCACGUGAUUCUUAUGACUUGCCUUUACAAAUGGAUGACAUUUGUGAUGAAAUGGAUAAUGUUAGUGAAGCAUAUCAACAAGGGGAAUCAUUCAAUUAUAAAGAGGCAAAUCCCAUUUCAACUACAAUAGACAAUGAAAUAAAUUGGGCAAGGGAAAAUGUGGAGCCAAUGGCCGUUGAAGUGGCAACUAAAAGAAAGAAAAGAAAAAGAAGAUGUUAGAAAAUUCAUUUUGUCUUUCAUAAAGGUUUAAGUAAAAGAUGCAAAAGAUCAUAGCUGGAAAAAGGUUGCCAUCCAAGGCAAACAAGUUUAUAGCCCCAGGUGCAUUGGCUAAGGGACAAGUUCAUGGAUUAAAACAAUUAAAGCCAAGAAGAGAUAUAAAUGGUGCUACAGAUUUGCUAAGAGGAGGUUCAAGUGGUGCUAGUUCAGGUGAACUCACAUCCCAUCGUCUUUUUGUUCAUUUUGGUGAACUACAUUAUAUAGACAAUGACUUCCAACAAGAUUGUAGCUCCUUCAUUGACAUUUUAAGUAUAUGCGGAAAAUUCUUGGACAUAUACUCAGUUGGUGUGAAAAUCUUCUAUGGGGAUGGGAAGCAACUAAAUGGGGAUGCUGAUGUCUAUGCUAUGUUUAAUGACCACAAAGGUAUAAGUGACAUCCAUGUCUAUGUUGAGGAAGAUAAAGAAUUGGAUGUUGUCCCUUUUAGACUGCCAUAUGAUUAUGCAAGUCCUGAACCUCCAAAGGCAACAAAUUUGAAGAUACAAGGUGAUCUCAAGGUAAAUAAUAAAAUAAUCAUUACUGGCACUGUUAUUGGAGGGGCUGAAGUUGCUAGUGUAGUUCAAUGGUAUAAAACCUCUACUACACAAUUAGAUAUUCAGGAUGGUCUUGAAGAGAUCAGCAUGUCUAGCACUGAAAAGGAAUUCCUAUUACCAGUAGGAGUUGUUGGCAAUUACAUUGUUGCAAAGUAUACUCCUAUGACUUAUGAUGGUAAAUCAGGUGAACCAGUGUUUGCUACCUUAGAAAAAGUUGUUGAGAGUGAAAUUAAUACUCAAAACAAGAAAGUUCGAGGAAAAAACCAAAACAAGAAAGUGGCUGGGCUCAAAUCUGGGGAAAAGCUUCCAAUUAUUUUCUAUAACAAUCGAGCAGUGGGGGAGAACCAUCAAUUUUGGUCAAGGCACUUGGGAAGAGUUGUGCGUGAUCGAACCAUUUGUCCUGUACGAGUGAAAGCUUGGAAAGAGAUUGGAGAAAAUGAAAAAAAUCACAUGUGGGAAGCGAUUAAGAAAAUAAGCUCUCAAGCCUCUCAAAAUAAAGCUAAAUCUUCAAUGCCUCAUCGCACGGGUAGUAAGCCUCAUAGAGAAAUCAUUUAUGAAAUGGGAGGGAAAAAGGGUAAUCCACCUGAUAUGGGAAAGAUCUUUUUUGAAACUCGAAAGAAGAAUGGAAAGUUGGUUGAGCCUGAAGCUGAAGAAAAAUAUGAUCAAAUUUUAGAGACCAUUCAGGCAGAUCCAACAAUUUCUAAUAUUGAGGAAAAUGUUCAAAGCUAAACCAUAUGACAGCUUUUUCUGUAACUUUUUACAAAACAGGUAUUUGAAGAUACAAGUCGAGCAAGAACUCUUGGUAUUAGUUGUGAAUAAUACGUGAAUUCUAGCCAUACUUGUAAUAAUUUUUUGAUUUUCAUUAUAGGGAGAUUUUAGAAUAAUAUGAAACUCAUAGUUUUUUUUUUCUCAUUUUUUAUGAUUGUGGAGGGUAUAGAAGCUCUUAUGAUGAUUGUAAUCAAUACAUAAUGAAUGUAAGUGAUGAUCAUUUUUGUAUAUAACUUG